UAAUCAUAUACACCUACUCAAUAGUGUCCAUGAUCUAUUAAUAGUCAUGAACCAACAGUACUUUUCAAGUUCACUUUUAUUUUUUAUUCGACUUCUAAGACAGAUCAUAUGAAAAUGGCGAAGCCGUCCACUAAUUGUCACACAGAUAAACCGACAAUGAUACCAUCCGAGACAUUUCUUGACAUACAUGAAGGGGAUAAGCUGACUAUUAAAGGUACCAGUGUCAAAGACAUGAAAUUAUACACUGAUCUAGAUCAUCCCGAAAGAGCUUCUCGGAGGAUUGAAUCGAUAGGAUUGGGUGAGAAUUCAUUUACACGGGGUUUUACAAUACCAUCGGUAGCUAUUGGUGAUAGUGGAUGGUACGGUUGUGCAAAUAAUGAUGUAAAAGUUGAUACAAGUCAACACGAUCAACCGGAUGUCGCUUGGAUAUACGUGAACAUAAAGUCUAAAAAACCUUUGAUGGAACCGGAAGGUUCUCAAAUCAAAUUAAUUGAAGGUGACCGAUUGUUCAUUAAAUGCCAAUGUAGUCAACAAACGUUUUUUUACACUAAUUUAAAUCACCCAGAAAAAGCUACUGAAAGUAUUGAAGAAGAAACAAAAAUAGCUGAGGAUUUGUAUACACGAACUCUUGAAAAAAAAUCGGUUGUUCCAGAUGAUAGUGGAUGGUACGGUUGUGCAGCCAAUGGUAUCAUAGUUGAUGAAGAGAGAUUCGAUCAACUAGAAGUCAAAUGGAUUUACGUUGGCGUUAAACCUAAAAAACCAUCAAUGGAGCCAUCAGGACCAGUUCUCAAUCUAAAUGAAGGCGACGAAUUGGUUCUUGAAUGUCGAAGUUAUCAAGAAAUGAAUUUUUACGUUGUCCUAGAUAAGCCUGACCAAGGAUCUGAAGGUUGUCAAGAAGGUACUGCAAUCUUUGAGGGUGCAUAUACACUCGCUUUAAAAAAAAAGUCAGUGGUCCAGGGUGACAGUGGAUGGUAUGGUUGCGCAUAUAGUGACGUAAAAGUUGAUACAAGUAAUCAUGAUCAGCCGGAAGUUAAUUGGAUUAACGUUAUUGUAAAACCAAAAGCUUAAUUCGAUUUCAUAAAUGUAAUGUAUUAAAUAUUAUUAUUGUAAUAUUUGUAAUAUUGUUAUAACUACAGCAUCGACAUUGACAGAUUUCAAGAGAUUGCCCGAGUCAAAAUUAAAAAGGUAAUUUGAGCCUCCAAAUCCUACAUGAGGGUAAGGAGGUUCAAAUCAUCUUUUUAGAAUAUGAAGAUCCAUGCAUUAAAAAGGUAAUUUGAACCUAAACGUGGUAACUUUGUCCGCUUUUACCAAGUUUAGGUUCAAAUCAUCUUUUUAAAAAGGUAAAAUAAGCCUCCAGAGCCUAAAUUUAUAGAUCGAGAAAGACUCUCAUCGGAUCGCGUACAAUUGGUAAAGAAACAGAAGGGAAAAGGGGGCCACUAAUUAGAAAUGGCUGCCAUGAUCGAAAAAAAUUUGAAAUUAAAAAUUCCAAAAAUAAUUUCUUAGCAAUAAAUGUUUUGUUGUGAGUUAAAAAAUAACAAAAUUUAAAAUAUUAAUAAUAAUAGCUAAACUUAUAUGAGUAGGCGUUCGAAUAGAAUAGUACUAUGUCAUUCGAAAUUCGAAUUGAAUAAUUAGAGCCUUUGACUUAUUAGUAUAUGAUCAAUUAAUUAUUUUACGCGAACAAUAAAUACAAACGAAGUAAUGGAAAACGGAAACUGCCGAAGAAUUUGAAAAAACCUGCUGAUAAAUAAUCUGCUGCCGCCGGGAUUCGAAACCACGACCUUACGAAUAUGAAGCACAACCACUGCCGCACUGCUACUCGGACGUUCACGAUCAGUUGGAAAUAUCUUUAUGUAUAAGAAUAAUAUCAUGCUAAAGAAUUGAGCUCAUUCGAAGUUACAGAUUAAAAGUAUGGUAGGCCAUGGAGGGUUAAAAUACCAUUUUAAAAAGGUGAUUAAGUCCUCCACGCGCUUCGUUUAGGACAUCGAGGACUUAAAUAGCAUUUUAAAAUAAAUGGUAGGCCAUGGAGGGUUAAAUUACCAUUUUAAAAAGGUGAUUUACUCCUUCAUACGCUACUUUUAGGACAUCGAGGACUUAAAUAACAUAUUACAUUCAGCGGCAAGUGCAACAUCAAAAGAACUGAGGCUUUGGAGGCUCAAACUACUGUUUUAAUUUUGACUCGGGUAUACUCUAUUUUCGGUUUUUUUAAUCAUGAAUAAA